GAGAAACAUGAACCAGAAGCUGCUGAAGUUGGAAAACUUGCUACGAUUUCACAUGAUUUCUAGGCAACUACACAGCCUAGAUCAGAGAAGAAUGUUAGCACAGUGGAGACAUGGGUUUUUGUCUCCUUCCGCAGUGUGGGCAGCUCAGCUGUAUGCCUGGCCCUGGCAGACAGAUGUGUUCCUUGGGGCUGCUUUAUCUCAAUAUAGGCUUCUAGUAACAGAGAAGGAAAAAAGACCAUGGAAAUCUCAAUUAUCUUCAACAAAAUCUAAAAAAGAAGUAGAAGUAUGGAUUGGAAUGACUGUUGAGGAAUUGGCCAGAGCAAUGGAAAGAGACAUAGAUUGGGUGUAUGAAGCUUUAUUGAACACUGCUGUUGACAUAGAUUCUCUAGAAGCAGACUCACAUUUAGAUGAAGUCUGGAUCAAAGAAGUGAUAAAGAAAGCAGGGAUGAAGCUGAAGUGGAGCAAGUUAAAACAAGACAAAGUUAGAGAAAACAGAGAUGCUGUAAGAAGGCCACAGGCAGAUCCAGCUUUAUUAACCCCAAGGUCCCCAGUUGUCACUAUAAUGGGCCAUGUUGAUCAUGGGAAAACGUCGUUACUUGACAAACUACGAAAAACUCAAGUGGCAGCAAUGGAAGCUGGAGGCAUCACUCAGCACAUUGGUGCCUUUCUUGUCUCUCUACCUUCUGGGGAAAAGAUAACCUUUCUGGAUACUCCAGGACAUGCUGCCUUCUCAGCAAUGAGAGCCAGAGGUGCUCAGGUCACUGACAUUGUCGUGUUGGUUGUAGCUGCAGAUGAUGGAGUGAUGAAACAAACUGUAGAAUCUAUUCAGCAUGCCAGAGAUGCUCAAGUUCCUAUUGUUCUUGCAAUAAACAAAUGUGACAAAGCUGAGGCUGAUCCUGAAAAAGUGAAAAAAGAGCUGCUGGCUUAUGAUGUGGUGUGUGAAGACUAUGGAGGUGAUGUUCAAGCAGUGCAUGUUUCUGCACUUACGGGUGAGAAUCUGAUGGCUUUGGCAGAAGCAACAAUUGCUCUUGCAGAAAUGUUAGAAUUGAAAGCAGAUCCCAGUGGUCCAGUGGAAGGAACAGUAAUAGAGUCUUUCACAGACAAAGGAAGAGGUCCUGUUACAACAGCUAUAAUUCAAAGAGGAACUUUGAGAAAAGGCUCAAUUUUAGUUGCUGGAAAGAGUUGGGCAAAAGUACGCUUAAUGUUUGAUGAGAAUGGAAAAACAGUCAGUGAGGCCUAUCCCAGCAUGCCUGUUGGAAUUAUAGGCUGGAAAGACCUUCCUUCUGCAGGAGAUGAAAUUCUUGAAGUCAAAUCUGAGUCAAGGGCACGGGAGGUCAUUGACUGGAGGAAGUACAAAGAAGAGCAGGAGAAAAAUAAAGAAGACCUGAAAAUAAUAGAAGAAAAGCAAAAGGAACACAAAGAAGCACAUCGGAAAGCCCGUGAGAAGUAUGGCACUUUGCUUUGGAAGGAGAGAUCAUUUAUAAAGUAUUUAGAAAGAAAAGAACAAAGACCCUUGAGGCCAAAAGAGAAAGUAGAAAGAGAUUCCAAUGUACUUCAUGUAAUUAUUAAAGGUGAUGUUGAUGGAUCUGUUGAGGCCAUUUUAGACAUAAUGGAUACCUAUGAUGCUUCACAUGAGUGUGAACUAGAAUUAGUACAUUUUGGAGUAGGUGAUAUUAAUGAAAAUGAUGUUAACUUUGCUGAAACAUUUGAUGGGGUUAUAUAUGGUUUUAAUGUGAAUGCAAGCAAUGUCAUCCAGCAGUCAGCUGCAAAAAAAGGAGUAAAAAUUAAACUUCACAAAAUCAUUUACCGUCUUAUUGAAGAUUUGCAGGGAGAACUGAGCAACAGAUUGCCCUGCACUGUGGAAGAACACCCAGUAGGUGAGGCUUCUGUAUUAGCUACUUUCUAUGUAACAGAUGGAAAAAAAAAAAUUCCUGUGGCUGGCUGCAGAGUCCAAAAGGGACAGUUGGAAAGACAAAAAAAAUUUAAAUUAAUGCGUAAUGGACAUGCUAUUUGGAAGGGUUCAUUAACCUCACUGAAACACCAUAAAGAUGAUAUUUCAGUCAUCAAAACCAGGAUGGAAUGUGGUCUCAGUUUAGAUGAAGAAAAAAUAGAAUUUAAAGUGGGAGAUGAAAUUGUUUGUUAUGAAGAAAAGGAAGUUCCAGUUAAGACUUCUUGGGAUCCAGGAUUUUAAAAUUACAUUAAAAUGUCAACUAAAUAUUUUGCUUUAUUUAUAGAGCAGCUAGUUUUUCCUUUUUUGAAGGUAAAAGUUCACCAGUAACAGAUUACAAAAACUGUCAAGGGGGCCAGGGAUAUAGCAGUGGCACAGCACCUGGCUGGCAAACAUGAGGUCCCGAGUUCAAUCUCUGGUACCAAAAAAAGAAAAAAUUUGUCAAAAUUGCUACAGAAAUAGGAAACCUGAAAAAGAUGCAUCCAAUUAGAAAUCCUGGAAAGACCAAAUACCUAAAAAGGGUAUCAGUGGCAUCAUUGAAUGUUAUCAGUUUAGUCCCCUUUAAAUUGAGCUUCAUGGGCAAAAUAUGGUACCAGAUUUAUCCUGAAUAUUAAAUCCCCAUGCAUUCAUGCACAACACUGACGAAUAACUAAUGUUCCCUUAAUGUGCAGCCAACAGGUCUCAGAAGGACUCACAAUGUAUUUCUGAAUGAUUCAGCAAUUUGAAGUUGUGUAUAAAUGUGUGGUACUAGGAACUGAAGGGCUUUAAGGCCUUUCUGGUCCUUUUUAAAAAUAUUGAGAAAAUAACUCGCUGAGGCUAGCCUUGAAUUUGUGAUCCUUUUGCCUCAGCCUCCCAGAACACUAGGAUUACAGAUAUGCAGUGCCACAGUGGAGAACCCACUAAGAAUUAUCUGACCCGUAUCUAGUGUUGAGGUUAAAAAAACUGGCCUCACUACUAUGAAGUGAAAACAUCAAGCUCUUUCCAUGCAGCGGGCACUUUGCAGAUAUCCAGAAACUACAAACAGGUCACACACUAUUCCCAGAAGCAAAAUUUACAUGAUGGCAGAAGCACAUCAUGGUGGGUUCUAUCAAGAUUAAAAUGACCAUCGGUUUGACACUCAAAAUUUCCUUAAAUUUAUGUGCAAUAAAAUUCAACUGCUAAAUGUUA